AAAACACUUGGAAGAGAAAUCUUAGAAUCAAUAGCUGGCAGGAGUGUCAAAUGGCGUUUAAUUUGCGUUCGUGUCAUUUCCGUUUUUGACGUCAGUCACUACGAAGAGGAAAGUUUAGAGUAAGAACGUAACUUUCCCCCCCUGCGUGUUAAAUCACGUCCACCUAUUGCGUUGGCUCGCCUUGCACACGCAACAGGUAGACUCUGCUAUUUGAAAGGGGAGGAAAUUCGAAACCAUUGGCUCUCACUGGCAGCGGGCAAGGAAAAUAAAUUCUUGUGAAUAAUUACACGGGCACGUCCACCCACACUUGAAACCCACACACGCCGCUCGAACACGUCACGACUGCCCUUGUCCUGUGAAACCGAUAACAGAAAAAAGAACGUGAAAGAGAAAAAACAAAACAAAACAACAAAUAAUUAAAUUUCUUUCAACGCCGUUUCCUGUCUGCGCCUCUCCCUAAAAAUCAACAAACGGGAUCUUUUUCUCUUCAUUCUUUUUUACGAUUAUUAUUUUUGCCAAGGAAUUUGUGUUUCUGCGGCCAUGUCGGAAUACGAGCGCAUCCGGCGCCAGUGCAUCAAACGCGGCGAACUUUGGGAAGAUACGGAUUUCCCUACGACGCAGACGUCCAUCUUUUACCACCAAUCGCCACCGUUUCAAUUCGUUUGGAAACGGCCCAAGGAAUUGGCGACCAAUCCGGUGUUUAUUCGAGAAGGAAGUUCGGUGAUGGACGUGGUGCCGGGCAAAUUAGGCGACCGUUGGCUCGUCUCCACCUUAGGUUGCCUCUUUUUAACGAAAGGAUUCUUUUAUCGCGUCGUUCCGGCAGACCAGGGAUUCGACACGGCGCUUGAUGGAAGUAAUCCUUCAACAGGUUAUUGUGGAGCGUUCCGGUUUCGGGUUUGGUGGUGCGGUGAAUGGGUCGAAGUGACCGUAGAUGAUCGUCUACCGACUGUCAAUGGCCGCCUGGUGUUUGCCCAUUGCCUCAAUUCCGGUCAGUUCUGGCCAUGCCUUUUGGAGAAAGCUUAUGCCAAGUUGCACGGCUCGUACGAAGCGUUAAAAUACGGCACCACAUUGGACGGUCUUGCGGAUCUGACGGGCGGAGUAACGGAAAGCCUUUCGGUGGUUGGCGGCAGUCACAUCAACAAAGACUCAUCAUUUCACGUCCGAUUGCUGGCCCGCCUUUUGGCCAAUACUUCCAUUCUGACGGCAGUGGCCCAUCGCCCUCCAACCAGUACGACCAGCAGCAGCAACAGCAGCAGCUCACCCAACAGUUUGACGUCGCCGCAAUCCAACAACAAAGAGAACAACAACAACAAUAGCCUCUCUUCCAACAACAGUAGCCCGACCACCAACGGACAGACGACUAAAGAACAAUCGCAAUCAUCUCGAAGCGUCACCGAUCGAUUGCCCAUCGGCGUCCUCGUCGGCAUCAAUUACAAAAUUUGUGCCGUCGACAAGGUGGACACACUGUCGGAAGAGAGCGUGCCUCUUCUUCGUUUGCGUUGCCCUUACGGCCGUCACGGCGAGAGCACGGGCGACUGGUCCCGCGGGGACGCUAAAAACUGGGACACGUCCGUGUCGGCGGCUGAACGCGACCGACUCGGACCCGACCAGCUGGCUGACGGCGAGUUUUAUCUCAGUUUUCCCGACUUUAUUCAAACGUUUACAGCCAUUGAAUGCGUCCAUCUGGAUGCGGAAACCAGUCGAGACGAGCCCACUCUGCAAGGCAGAGUUCCGUGGAUCACUCGUGUCUAUCAAGGAUGUUGGCAACGAGGAGUCACUGCUGGCGGAUGUCGCAACAAUUCUGAAACAUUCCACAUUAAUCCCCAGCUGCAUCUGAUUGUCAGCGAUGCGGAUGAAAUCGUCAUUUCGCUAAACCAGCACAGUGUCCUUGAGCCCAAAGUCAUCGGCUUUUCCGUUUAUCCGUUGCCUAAACUCACUGGAUCCGACCUUAUCAACCGAGCUUUCUUCAAGAAGACGAAAAGUCUGGUCAACUCUCAAUACACAAACAGUCGACAGGUGAGUCAGCGCUCUCAAUUGGAUCAAGGUGGUUAUCUGAUUGUUCCGACAACUUUCGAAGCGGGUCACGAAGGAUCUUUUACCCUGCGCGUGUACAGCACUCAGGCGAUUAAGCUCAAACUGGUGGAUAUGUUGCCGUGUCAAAUGAAGUCGACCUUGAUUCGAGCGCCUCCGAUCAUUAAUGGAUACAAUGCUCAGACGUCGGAUGGCAAAAAUGUUGCCCAAUACGAGGCAGUCUUCCUUCAACUGGCUGACGAGCAUCGCACCGUUAACGCAUUCGAGUUGCACGAAUUGCUCGAGGCUUGCCUACCGAAUGAUUACAUCAAAAGCUGCGCAAAUUUGGACGUUUGCCGGCAACUCGUCCUUGUCUUUGAUGUGUCGGGACUAGGCAGAUUGAAAUUGACGGAUUUCCGUGAUUUUAUGGCCAGUCUGAAACAAUGGCAAACAGCUUUCAAAUCACACACGAAAGAAAAAACUGGCAUUUUGAGAGCCGAACGUUUCCGUGACGCCCUUCAUGACGUCGGAUUCCAGGUAAACAAUGACGUUCUUUCGGCACUCAUUUUACGUCACAUGCGGAAAGAUGGCACACUGCGUUUCGGAGAUUUCGUGUCGGCUGUCCUUCACCUCACCGUAGCAUUUGGAACAUUUGACAAGAGAGACCCUCUCCAGAAUGGAAGUGUCAAGCUUACACUCACAGAGUGGCUCAAAUAUGCACUGACCUGCUGAUCUGUGAUUUUCCCGCUUUUUAUCUUUUCUUUUCCAAGUUUUAUGUUCGCAUCAAUUGCUAAAGUUGCUCAUUAUUACGUACACCAACAGAAAUAAGCAAAUUUUCAUUUUGUAUAUACGCCUCAAAGAAUGCUUGGCAAUAAACAAAUCACCUUUUUUGUUUGGGAACGAAA